AUGGCAAAUUCAAAUAAAGAUAAAAAUAUACGCUUAGAGAGGCACAGUGCAGGAAAGACACCUGCUUAUGGUGAUUCAAGUGUUCGUGCAGGAACAGGAAAAUUUAAUUGGGGUAAUACGACAGAUAUAUCAUUAACCGAACAAAAGCCAAUAGAUCAAAAAGAUCCAAUGUAUGAUAGUGACAAUGAAAAAAAUAAUAGAGAAGAAAAAAAGUAG